UACAAAAUACAUUUUGUACUUUCUGCAGUCUGACUGAUUUUUAGCAUCUGCGAGGAAAAUCAUUUUUGCAUUCUUGAAAAAAAAAUAAAACUCCCCACUGUGAGUGAAACUCCGCAUUCUAAAGAGCAGAUGCGUCACAAUGUGACAGCAGGCUAGCAGAGGCUGGGGAUGUGGCUACACCAAUGAGCCCUGGGAUAAAUGCAGCACAUUAUAUAUCCCAGUGAAAGACGGGAGCUGUUGACGAGGUGACCUCUGAAUGUAAGUCAGCUUGCUAUAAACAGAAGAGUGUGGAAAGCUAUUGGUCAGCCUGAAACUUGUUUACUAUGCUGACUAUCCUUAUGUUAAACUUAAAUCAACAGCACCACUGAAUCUUGGAACAUGAUUACAGCUUUAAAAGGGAAGAAAUCAACAGAAUAAAUAACAAUAAUACUACUGAGAAAAUAACCACUUGGGAAAUUCAGAAGUUGCAGUGUAUUUGAAACAUUGAACUGGUAGCCAAAUUGCCUAAGUAAAAGAGAAAACAAAUCUUCCUUGCUGAGAGUGAAAACAAAAUGAAAAAUUUGGAGUUUUAACUGAAGAGCUGUGUAUUUUUCCGGUAAAGAAAACACAGCCAGAUUCAGAUGUUACAGAGUCUCAGAACUCCAGGUCUAUGGAAAUGCAGGACCUAGCAAGUCUGCACAGUCGAGUGAGCAGUAGUGAUACUUCUGCUGGCUCAAAACUGGACAAGGGCAGCCUGAGUAACACUUCAAUUAUAUCAAAUGGAACAGCAGAGAGAGACCUGUCCUGCACUUCCCCGAAGCAGAUAUGGGAUACCAUGACUAUUUUAAAUACUGCAGACUGGUUGCUGGGUUGUAGCACCCCCUCAUCUGCGACAAGUAUGGCAGAUUAUGUGUCUCUUCUUGCAGUCAAAACAGAACCAAUGAGCAGCAGUGAGGCUGCCACGACAACAGGAGAUGGAUCACUUGAGAGUUACACUGGGUCAGUAAUAACAAGUAGUGGCUAUAGUCCAAGAGGAAUACACCACUAUUCACCACAGAUUUAUCCUUCCAAACCAUACCCACACAUUCUUUCCACACCAACAGCACAAUCAAUGACGGCUUAUGCUGGACAAACCCAAUAUUCAGGAAUGCAGCAGCCAGCAGUCUAUGCGGCAUAUUCUCAAACAGGCCAGCACUAUGGAUUACCUACUUAUGGAAUCAAGACAGAAGGGGGAAUACCGCAAGCACAAGCUGCAUUGCAGACUGGAUGCCUUAGUUACAGCCCAGGAUUUACUACACCACAACCAGGCCAAACACCUUAUUCCUAUCAGAUGCAAGGUUCUAGUUUUGCACCAUCCCCGGGUAUAUAUGCAAGCAGCAACUCUGUUUCCAAUUCAACAAGCUUCAACAGUUCCCAUCAGGAUUACCCUGGCUACACUACAUUUGGCCAAAACCAGUAUGCACAGUAUUAUCCGUCUGCAACAUAUGGCACAUAUAUGACCUCAAAUGAUGCAGUUGAUGGUACCUCUUCAACAUCAACAACAUACCAGCUACAACCUCCUCCCAACAUCACUGGACAACCAGCAACAGAUCUUCCUGGAGCUGGAUCACCGAGUACAGUUCUGGUCACCACAACUCAAGGGGAGUUUGACACAGUGCAGAGACCAUCAACACCAAUCAAAGACCUGGACGAGCGAACGUGUAGGAGUUCGGGGUCGAAGUCACGAGGAAGGGGAAGGAAGAAUAAUCUAUCACCACCUCCUGACAACGACUUGGAGCGAGUAUUUGUCUGGGACCUCGACGAGACUAUCAUCAUCUUUCAUUCUUUGCUCACUGGAUCAUAUGCACAAAAGUAUGGUAAGGACCCACCAAUGGCUGUUACACUUGGACUGCGAAUGGAAGAAAUGAUUUUCAAUCUGGCCGACACACAUUUAUUUUUCAAUGAUCUAGAGGAAUGUGAUCAGGUUCAUAUAGAUGACGUGUCUUCAGAUGACAAUGGGCAAGAUUUAAGUACCUACAGUUUUGCAACUGAUGGAUUCCAUGCCGCAGCUACCAGUGCAAACCUCUGCUUAGCAACUGGUGUGAGAGGAGGAGUCGAUUGGAUGAGAAAACUAGCCUUCCGUUACAGGCGUGUAAAAGAACUAUACAACACUUACAAAAACAAUGUAGGAGGAUUACUUGGUCCAGCAAAAAGAGAUGCCUGGCUUCAGUUAAGGGCUGAGGUUGAGGCUUUGACAGAUUCCUGGCUGUCGAAUGCACUUAAAUCACUCUCAAUCAUCAGUUCAAGGAGUAACUGUAUUAAUGUAUUGGUAACUACGACGCAACUUGUACCAGCACUUGCCAAAGUCCUAUUGUACAGCUUAGGUGGUGUUUUCCCCAUUGAAAAUAUUUACAGUGCAACCAAAAUAGGCAAAGAGAGCUGUUUUCAGCGUAUAGUGUCCAAAUUUGGCACUAAAGUUACUUAUGUUGUCAUUGGAGAUGCCCGAGAUGAAGAACAUGCUGCUACUCAGCACAAUAUGCCAUUCUGGAGGAUAUCAAGCCACUCUGACCUGUUGGCUUUGAACCAAGCACUGGAACUUGAAUACUUGUAGCUGCCUUGUGCAGCACAGCCAGAGAUACAAAGUCAACAACUAUUAGCAACCUUUAGGAAUAUGUGAAGUUUCCCUCUGUGAUCUCCAGCACCUCUGGCUUCCACAUUUGUCUUAAGAAAUGAAGAGAAUUGAUUUGUCAUGUGAGGCUAUUGAGAAUUCAAACUGCUGAACAGUGACUGGUACAUUGAACCUCUGUAUAAGGAACUAUGUUGGUCUUAGGAAAAUAUUGUUCAUUAUAGAUAAAGUGCAAGUUGUGUGUAUUUUACAACUCUUCAAGUGAUUAUAGAAUGCCCAGGAUGCUUGAACAGCUCACACAAUGAACUAGUUCUUUUAAGAAACAUGAAGCUGCUGUCCAAUGCAUCCGGCAUGAAGUUGUUCAACGGCAUUCCUUGCCAUUGGAUUCUCUCCAUAAUACAGUGUUUCUAGCAAACUUUAGUCUGCUUAUCCAGGCUGACAACUGCAUUAGGAGUACACUGGGCUACGUUGACAAUCACAUCUAGACCUGCAGUUUGUGUAACUUAGUUACUGUGAGAGCUAAUACUAAGUUAGCAACUGGAUUCAUAAACGUAAUUGCUUUUAUGAGGAUAGUCACUUUUUGUAAAGCUUGACAAGAAGAAUAUACAUAAACGAUGUGUUGUGCCUUAAAAGAAGACAGUCUUGGUGUGUUACAAUGUAACUUUUGUUCCACAAAUGUGUAGAUAAAUUCUUUGUGAUGAUUAUUUUUUGACAUGACCAAAUUAUUAAAAGAAUCAGAAGUAAAAGGUUUCUGCAUUGUAAAAGCAGAGAAGCAAUGUUCCAGGCUGUUGGUCUAAACAGGAAAUCAAAAAUUGGAGAGUUUUUGUGUUUUACUUGGAUUUUAGUGUUUAAUUGUAAAUUACAAUCCUUAAUAAUAUCCAGGAGAAACGUUUUAAUUUAAACUGUGAGGUAAUCUAUUUUAGUCAUUAAGAAACAGCUUGACACUUUUUGACAUUAUGCUAGUUUUACCAUUUCUGGGAAAUUUCUUAAAAGAAUUUUGGUUUGGGCACUUAUUUGAUUUCAUGCAAGUCUAUAUUUUCUUUAAAUCUGAAAAAUAUACUUUCCCAUCCUCACCGACUACAUAUAAACUUUAUCCUAAUCCAUCCCUCCCUUUCUCCUUCCUCCAUGUGACAUCUCUGGACAAAAGGGAAUAAAUGCAUUGAUAAGGGUUUUGAUCAAGUUUAAAGGCUUACUGCAUUUUCACCAAUCGAUUAAUUCUACAAAUAGUAAGUCAACCAACUUCCCACGUUGAGAUUUUCUUUCUAAACCAAUAUUGCAAUUACUAGUGUAUUUUAAUUACUUGGUUCAUAAGGCAUACCUAUUAAUAAAGACAAUAUUUAAAGCCUUUAAACUAAAUUUCUCUUGUACGAAAUAAAUGUAGUUGUGCAUUAGGUUUUUUUACGGCAUUUUGGCAGACAGGAUAAAGCAUGUUAAGAAAGGGUAAUAGUAGGAUUGAAUUAAAAUACUAAAACAUAGCAAUAUUUUUUUUUCUAAAUAUAUAAAAUUGCUUCUAUAAUAGCUCAGUUGCACCUUUGUUGAACCUCCCGAGUAUUACCUUAUCAAUUUCUGCAUACAAUCUGACUUUGCUGUGUACCAAUGAUAGUUCUGUGAUAUAUAGGGUUCUGACAUUUUGUGUCUAUUUAUACAGAACCUCUGCACAGUUUAAAAGUACCAACAUUCUGAUAUCCCUAUCACACAAGCAUCUCCCUCCUGACUAAAUAAAAAACAAAUUGUACAUAAUAUAGACUGGAUAUUCUGCCAAUAUGCUGUAACUCAAAUUCCCCUGAGCUCUGUGUGUGAUUUAGUAUGGGGGAUAUUCAGAGAAUGCACACUACAUUGAUACAUCACUCUGAUUUAUCUAACUUUAUUCCUACAGAUACCAGCUAUGGGGCUAUAGAAUCAUAUGUAUUGGCCACACAGCAAACGUUUAGUGGCAACACUAUUACUGUUUAUGUUUUUUUUAAUUUAUUUUGAUUGUGCUUUCUGAACAUUAAAAUCAAUUCUUGUGGAAAUUUAAAUGGUCCUGGGUUUUUUUGUAAUAUAUUUAGUGUGAAUUAUCUUAAAUUUACAUGUACAGAAACAGUCUUGAUACUUCUGUGUUUCGAAAUGAAUAAAGCAAACUAAUUUCAAUGAUUAAAACAAUCUCAGUUUUUGGGACACAUGAA